AACGUGAACUAGCUUGCUGUGACAACCACAGUGACAGUCACCGGGUCGCGGUGAUCCACCUCCAGCUUGGAACGUCCCUGCGGUGGUCUAACUGUCAUAGAGAGCGACUCUAAACACUAUCCGCCCACAGAGGGGUCCUGUCUUCCGGAUCCUCGAAGCGCCCUCGGCUCUCGUCCUUUAAUCGGCCAGGUUUCGUCCAGCCUCAUCCGGCCCCACUGUGGAUCUUUAGCCCCUCCGGCAGGACAGUGGCAGAGGCAGAGGCAGAGCCAUCGGGGACCAGAGCAGCAGGCAGCAGGGCUCCAUGAGUGCGACGGGGCAGCAGCAGCAAGGUGGGGGCCUGCGUUCUCGCCGAAGCCUCGUCCGGGACAAGGACCCCGGGCCGGGCAUGGGCAUGGAGGCGGCCUGCUGGCUGGCCCCUGGAGUGCUGCGCAGGCUGAUCGAGCUGCCCGCACCCCCGCUGUCCCGACACCAGCUGAAGAGACUGGAGGAGCACAGGUACAGCAGUGCUGGACGCUCCCUGCUGGAGCCUCUGAUGCAGCGCUACUGGGAAUGGUUGGUGGGACGAGUCCCUUCCUGGAUCGCCCCCAACCUCAUCACCAUCAUCGGCCUGGCCACCAACGUCUUCACCACCCUCGUGCUCAUUUAUUACUGUCCAACCGCCACUGAGCAGGCUCCUCUCUGGGCGUACCUGCUGUGUGCCGUGGGUCUGUUCAUCUACCAGUCAUUGGACGCCAUCGACGGGAAGCAGGCCAGACGCACCAAUAGCAGCUCUCCGCUGGGCGAGCUGUUUGACCACGGCUGUGACUCCCUCUCCACGGUGUUUGUGGUGUUGGGAACCAGUAUAGCAGUGCAGAUGGGCACCAACCCUGACUGGAUGUUCUUCUGCUGCUUCGCUGGGAUGUUCAUGUUCUACUGUGCUCACUGGCAGACAUACGUGUCAGGAACGCUGCGCUUCGGCAUCAUUGAUGUGACUGAGGUGCAAAUCUUCAUUAUAAUCAUGUAUUUGCUGGCCGCCGUGGGAGGAUCUGCUUUUUGGCAGUCACUGAUUCCGAUCCUAAAUAUCCAGAUGAAAAUGGUUCCGGCCAUCUGCACUUUCUUGGGAGCCAUCUUCUCCUGCACUAAUUACUUCAGAGUUAUUUUUACGGGAGGAGUGGGCAAAAAUGGAUCAACAAUAGCAGGAACCAGCGUCCUCUCUCCAGUCUUACAUAUUGGUUCAGUUAUAAUUUUGGCGAUGAUGAUAUACAAGAAGUCUGCUGUCCAGCUCUUCGAGAAACAUCCGUGUCUGUAUAUCCUGGCGUUUGGCUGCGUCUCCGCCAAAAUCACCAAUAAAUUAGUUGUGGCACAUAUGACAAAAAGUGAGAUGCAUCUCCACGAUUUAGCCUUCCUGGGACCAGGACUCCUGUUCCUGGAUCAGUAUUUCAAUAGUUUUAUUGACGAGUACCUGGUGCUGUGGAUUGCAUUGAUCAUUUCCUUCUUCGACUUGGUGCGUUACUGUGUCAGUGUUUGCAACCAGAUUGCCUGCCAUCUUCACAUUUUUGUUUUCAAAAUCAAGCCUUGUUCAUUGCUCAGUUCAGCUCCUCACUGAGGACACGCCGGCCACGACUGACUCUGCCCCCCCUCUUUAGUCGCACUCAUCUGUUCUCCUCUGUUUUCCACGUAGAGAUUCAGGGAUGACGUAAUGUGUAAAAAAAAAAAAAAAAAAAAAAGAAAGAAAUAGUAUGUGCUUCUGCCAACUGAAUGUGUGGACAAAUAAUAUAUACUGAGAAACCGGAGUAUUACUGUCGUUGUUUCUUUUUCACCGGUGCAGAACUUGAAUUUGUAACCAGCUUCAUUUUCUGAAUUCUCCUUCUGAGAAACUCACGAACGAGUAUCUGAGGAGAGCACAGGUGCUACUCGCUAUGUUCAAGGAGAGAGACGUCGAUGUGUUCACAACCGUUUGUGUGCAAAGAAAAUGUAAAAAGGAAGCGAAUCAAACUCUUUGCUUUUCAUGAAUAUAAUUUUUGUAAUAUUUGCAUAACUUUACCUUUUUGCUAUUGUAAAUACCAAACUGUUACAGAUGUCUGUGCUUUUCUUUUAAGUUAAAAAAAAUCCUGCUUUGACACGUUUGUAAACCUUCAUGUAUAUGAUUUUAUAACACAACUUUAUCUCCUGCACAUUAAUACGAAACUGUGCAACUGUUCAGCAAAAACAAAUUGUUUUUGGAGGAAACUCAUUGUCGACAAAAACGAUGUUAUUGAACAAAGCUGUGAAAUAUUCACUGCCAAUGUUUUUCAUUUCGUUUGUCAAAUGAAACCACUUGUUUGUUUUCGGCGCUUUUCUCCGUGUAGGGAAUUUUCUGUUUACUGUCUCGUCUAAUGUUGUUUUCUAAUAUACGAUUAAGACACGUCAUGCACUAGAGGGAAAGA